UGUAAUUUGUGAAUACGUAAAACCAAAACAAAUUUCGGCGUUUGCUUGGCAGUUGAGUUUAGUUGGAUUUUGUGCUUCGUACUAAACGGUUGGCGAUCAAAAAAUUUGUUUAAAAAACUGGAUUAUAAUAGAUACAAAUUCACUAAAAAACCAAAAAAUGAAUGAAAAACUUAACAAUGAACUGAAUGAGUUUCAAUCUUUGCGAACUAAUGGACAACCUCAGAUUGUUGCUGGCCUUCAUAAGCCGUUAAGUAGAAAGCCGUUAGGUGAGCAAAAAUGUGCAAUAAGACGUCAAGCAAUUAUGGUGAUCCUCGGAAAUGUUGGCCUACUUGCAACUGGAAUGGGUUUGGGUUUACCUACAGUUACACUAAAACAAAUAACGGAUCCCAAUGAAGCCAUACAUUUAACAGCAUCACAAGCUACCUGGUUUGCUUCUUUAAACAUGCUCUCAAGUCCUAUUGGUGGGCUGCUGUGCGCACUGCUGCUAGAUAGAUUAGGACGAAAGCGUACUUUAUACUCACUCAAUGUAUUGGCUAUUACUUCAUGGAUGCUGAUGGCGUUAUCCAUACAAUUCAGUACUGAAACUGCCUAUUUGAUGUUAAUGAUGUCACGUUUUGUUAUAGGAUUGUCAAGUGGUAUGUCGAGUGCUCCGGUAGGAGUAUAUGCAGCAGAAAUAAGUACGCCCAAAAUUCGUGGUCGGCUUAUAUUGGGCACAUCGAUUGCGGUGGCCUCUGGUAUUACAUUAAUUUAUUUAUUAGGAUUCUUCAUACGUGAUGACUGGCAAUUAAUUGCUUUGAUAUGUAGUGGUUAUCAAAUUAUUUCUUUACUCUGUGUUAUACCAAUGCCAGAAAGCCCUAGUUGGUUAAUUUCUAAAGGACGUAUUGCAGAGGCAAAAGCAUCCAUGAAUUAUUUUAGAGGAUUGGAAAAGUCUGCUUUAAUCACAAAUUCAGAAAUUGAAGCAGAAUUCAAUAUUUUACAAAAAUCAAUACAAUUGGGUGUUGGAGAAAAGAAACCAUCAUUUUUUCGUUCAUUAAAAUUACCCGAGGUGUAUAAACCCUUACUAAUUUUAAUAACACUCUUUGCCUUCCAACAGACGACUGGUAUUUUUGUGGUGAUCGUCUAUGCAGUUCAAAUUUCAACAGAAGCUGGUGUCACAAUAGAUCCAUUUUUAUGUGCUGUACUCAUUGGAGUAACGCGUGUAUUGACUACUUGCCCAAUGGGAAUAAUAUUAGAAAAAUGGGGUCGAAGACGUUCUGGUAUUAUAUCAGCAAUAGGGAUGUGUUGCUGUAUGUUUCUCUUAGCUGCCCAAAGUUGGUGUGAGUGGUUAAACAAGGUACCAUUUCUGCCUGUCAUAGCAAUUGUAGGGUUUAUACUGCUUAGCACACUCGGUUUAUAUACACUGCCAUUCUUCAUGAUCUCAGAAUUGUUUCCACAAAAAGUACGUGGUCCUGCUUCUGGCAUCACCGUAGCUGUGGGUAUGUUUUUGUCAUUUGUCUGUAUCAAAACUUAUCCAUCUAUGAAGGAAGCGAUUGGCAAUGAAUAUUGUUUUGUAGUUUAUGGUGUGAUGGCCUUUUUAGCUACAAUAUUUAUAUAUCUCUUCUUGCCAGAAACUCGAGGACGAACACUACUUCGAAUUGAAGAAGAAUUCCGCCAUAGAUCGAUACGAAAUUCGCGUUCAUCAGCGCCAGUAGAAAUGCGGGAAGUUUUUAUUAAAUAAGUUAAUAAGUAAUUAUAUAUCGAAUACUUAAUAUGAAAACUCUACAUUCCAAAAAUAGAUAUUGAUUAUGAUUAAUUAGAUAUAAGAGCUACUUAUUAGUAAUUACUUAGUUAAAAAAUUUAGUUUUACUUAGCAAAUUUUGGGAAAUAUGUUUAUAAGACUGUGAUAAAUAUAAAAAAAUCGCUUUAAUACUUUUAG